GAGUUCUACACAAUGGAGAGCAGCCGAGAUAAUACCCAGUUGCUUGGGGCCUCGGUUGCAAGUUUUCUAGCCGGCGCAUUCGUGAUGCACUGGCUCUCAUCUCGCCGACGUAGGCGAGAACCGGUAUCUCGGGGUGACGCUGAGUUCGAGGAGGAGUUUGAGGAGGAGGAGAGAGCCCUACAGUCCAACGGCGGGGCACGGGCAUGGUCCUUAGACGACGGCCCGUUCAAACUCGUGCUCAUUGUCAACAUGCAGCUCAAGAUGGGGAAGGGGAAGGUAGUGGCGCAAUGUUGCCACGCCACGCUCGGCAAUUACAGGAUUUCGGAGAGGCACUGUCCGUCUGCGUUGAGAGGGUGGGAACACAUGGGGCAGGCAAAGAUUUGUGUCAAGUGUCCAACCGAGACAGAGCUGUACGACAUUCAGGCCAAGGCACAGUCGGCCGGUCUGGUUAAUUAUCUAGUGAUGGAUGCCGGUCAUACCCAGAUUGCCGCGGGGUCCCGUACCGUGCUGGCGCUAGGGCCGGCUCCGGUGUGGGCGUUCGAGGGCAUAUCGUCGCACCUCAAGCUCAUGUAGACCGACGUUUCUUUGUAGGUGUGCUGCUAUAGAAGCUUGCGUUCCAAUGAAGUGGCUAAAGAAGCGGGCCGAUUUCCACUCGAUAGCUUUUGGCGGAGAAGUCCAUGACUUCUUUCUUGUCUUUGUUCGAGGGCAGUGGCGUGUCUCAUGCGGAGAAGGCAAAGGUACUUGGAUUUGUUUUCGAGCGCGUUUUUGGCAAUACUUUCGUCAGGGGGAAAGGAACUCGGGGGCAAAGUCCUUACAAGAACGUUUUUUCGG